AUGGAAGGCUCACAGGUAAAGGAGCUCAUACAAAAAUGGCGCGGCCUCAGCAACGAGCUCAAGGACAAGAAUACGGAACUUGAGAAGACCCGCGUGGCCCUUAACGAGCUCGAAGCACAGCACGCCAAGACUGUACAAGACUGGGACCUUGAGAAGGCGAACAUACAGAAUACUAUCUCCCUUGUCUGGGCCCAGGUGUCGAAUAGAAAGGAGGAGCUUGUGCGAAUUGAGGAGGAGACGAAAGAUCUUCAGCGGAAAGUGGACGAGAGACGGCUGCGCAACGAGGAACACUGGCGUGUUCUUAACAGGCGUAAGCAGAUUGUUACGGAGCAGCUGCAAAAACUUGAGGAAAAGGAUAAAGGUACAAGGGAACGACUGCGCGAGUUCCGCGAAGUUCGGGAGGAAAGUGGGAAGCAGCUCCUCUCUGCCAUCCGCAAGCUUGAGGACACCGAUCAACAAGAGCAAGUAGACCACCAGAAGAAGACGCGGCAGAUGCAGAGCAAGAUUGCCGAAAUAGAGGCAUGCAUCGAUGCUGAGAGAAAAUCCUGGGCGCUGGAAAUGGCGAUGCGUGAGUGGAAUCAGAAAAAUGAUGCGCGAAGGUGGCUCUGCGAAGAGGCGAGUGUUGCCGAGAACGACAAGAGUAUGUGGGUGGCAAUCGUGAAGGAGUCGAACAGUCUUCAGUGCGAGGACCAACUCAAAGAAAUAGAUUCCCUUCGUGCCCUCCUCUCUUGUUAG